AUUUUCUUCCACUCCAGUAAAGCAAGGAGCUUGUCUUCUUCACACUUAAACUUCUUUUCCACGGCGGCGUGUUCGUGCUCAUCCACGUUUGGAAAUGAACAUUUUCCGUGCUGCUUUCGAGGAAGUUGUCCUGUAGUUUGUCCUAGUUGGAAGAAGAAAGCCAAUGGAAAAGCGCGGGGGGAGACUCUCCUUUUCCUGUUUUCAGCAUUCAACAUCAUGGCAACUGUUGUCUUCCUUUUCCUCUCCUGUCUCACUGUCUCGGUGCUGGAAUCUGCUACAGACAAAGACGUCCACUCCGAGUAUCCACAUCUCACUGGCUGUGUGUCCACAAACAUGGAGAAUUUCUACUGCAGAUGGGAUGUUGGCACCGUACAGAACUUCUCAAAACCAGAAGAUGUGCGCCUGUUCUAUACGAGCAAAACACCUAAAGAGUGGAGCGAGUGUCCUCAUUACAGCAGUAGGAAGCUGAACGAGUGCUUCUUCAAUGAAAAUCACACCUUCAUCUGGAUUUAUUACAGCGUCCAGCUGCGCUCAAGGGAUCAAACAAUCCUCUUUGAUGAGAAACAUUUCUGUGUGGAGGACAUUGUGCAACCAGAUCCACCGAUAAGCCUGAACUGGACGGUACUGAAUGUUAGCGUGACCAGUAACUUCUACGAUGUCAUGCUCAGUUGGAAGCCACCUCCGACUGCAGAUGUGGAAAUGGGAUGGAUGACAUUGCAGUAUGAGGUCCAACACCGCAAAGUGGAUUCUGACAACUGGGAAAAAUCCGAGCUUGUAAAAAGCACACGUCACUCUCUGUAUGGCUUUCAAAGUAAUAUCAAUUAUGAAAUCCGAGCCCGCUCUAAAAGCCACGGUGGGAAGGAGUUCGGAGACUUCAGUGACUCGAUAUUCGUCCACGUUCAAACUGCAGGAUCAAAUUUGCCUUUGGUGGCUUUGCUCACCUUUGGUUCCUUGUGCUUAAUGGCCCUCCUGAUAGUGGUGGUCUUUUCAAAGCAGGAAAAGCUGAUGGUGAUUCUUCUACCACCUGUUCCUGGACCUAAAAUCCGAGGAAUUGACUCUGAGCUACUCAAGAAAGGAAAGCUGAAGGAGAUGACUUCGAUUCUGGGUUCCCCACCUGAUCUGAGACCUGAGCUGUACACCAAUGACCCCUGGGUGGAAUUCAUCGAUCUGGACAUUGAGGAACAGAAUGCCGGAAUGACACACUUGGACACGGACUGUCUCGUGGACCGCUCCUUGAUCUCCAACUGUUCACGUCUUUCCGUCAGUUUUCGGGACAACGACUCGGGUCACGCCAGCUGCUGUGAUCCGGAUCCCUCCAGUGAUGUGGAAACAUCGCAUCCGAACCCUCCCAUCCCAAAGCCAGCCUCCAAUAAGGAACAGGCCACCGCUAGACCCGGUUCUGAGGGCCAAAUCCCCACACCGGGAGAUCCUUCUUCAGCAGCCCUUGUCAGAGAGGCUUUGUACACACAGGUGAGUGAGGUAAAGGCAUCAGGCAAGGUGCUGUUGUCACCCGAGGACGAGAUGGAGAAAAACACAGUUGAAGAAAACCAAACUGCUGAAAACAGGGAGGAGCAGAAAGAGUUGAAGCUCCUGCUAUCUACAGAAGACCGAGGUUACACCUCAGAGCUCAAUGCAAGGAAAAUGAGCCAAUCGCUCUCUUCCAAUAAUACAAGUGACAUGUGCUCGACGGGGGGAGACUUAGCUUCUGUGCCGUGUUCCUCAUCAGCGGACUACCAGAAGCCUUACCAGGAAUCCCUUACAGAUCCCACGUCCUCGCUUUCCCCUGCUCCGGUCUAUACAAUGGUAGAGGAUGUUGGCAGGCAAAACAGCCUCCUGCUGACCCCGAGCUCAAUACCUGACACCCAGUUGACAAUCUCCAAGGCCAUGCCCACACCGGACAGCUAUAUGACCCUUGACCUUUUGGAAAGUAUUCAACCGUUGACCGAGGGUGAUCUCUCCAAAGUUAAAACUGUUCUGACAAACAUCUGAAACAGUCUUUAUGAUUGAUGACUGCCUCAGUGUUGAAUGUCAGCUCACCUAAAAUAGAAUGUUGUGCUUGUCCUGCCGCCACCCCUCCUUACUCAAACAUCUGAAGGAUGUGUGUUUUUCAGGAGCAAGAAGGGAAUUGAAUUAACAUUUAGUUCUGGUGGCCCUGAGGUGAAUUAACCACUUGUUUAUCCCUUUUUUCAGUCCAAUUCACUCUUCUAUUGUAAUUAAUUGUAUUCCCUAUCCCAAGCAGAAAUGUAUGUAAAUAUAUUAUAGAUUGUGCACCUCUUCUUACCCAAAGGCUUGUCAUUCAGUGUCGCUACAGUACUUUUUUUUCAUACAGCCACAAUAAAAAGCUUCUGUUCUAUA